CCAGUUUACGUAUCACUAUGGUUCGCUAGCAGACACGCAACAACGACGCAGUGUUCGACAUACUAUGCUCGGCUCUACUCGAUAUUGGAUCCUUGCUUUGGUAUCCUCUCUUGUAUGGCGGUUGUUGGCGGGACCGGCCGAGCAAGACAUCGGUCUCUUGCUCAGUUCGGAUCGCCCUUCAAAUGUCUUGCUCCUGACGGCACAUCCUGACGACGAAUGCAUGUUCUUCGCGCCCACGCUUCUUGCGCUCCAGGAACUUUCAAGCCAUCAGCUACCCACUAUACAUUCGCUUUGUCUGUCUGUAGGUAAUGCCGACGGCUUGGGUGACAUACGGCGCCGUGAACUCUCAGCGAGCUUGGACGUGCUUGGUAUCGCCGAGGGGAAGAGAUGGGUCAUUGACACCCCUGAACUCCAGGAUAACUUUACGGCAGUAUGGGACGCCCAGGUCAUCGCCGACGCUAUUCGACCUUACGUCCUCAAGCACAACAUCAAUACCAUAUUGACAUUUGAUCAUCACGGCAUAUCCUCUCACCUAAACCACAUCUCCCUUCCGCACGGCGCUGCACAUUUUCUUACCACGCUCCCGUCCUCAGCGGAGAAGCCGCCCCCACGCCUAUUCACGCUCGUGACAGUGCCGCUGUACGAGAAGUACCUGGGCGUUUUAUCGCCGCUCCUCAGCAAAGCGUCGAUUGCACUCUCGCGGAUCCCGCGUGACCCUCGCACAGCAAGCGGAGCUGCAAGGGUGGUUGCCGUGUCGGGUUUCGGCGGGUACGCGCGCGCGCACCGCGCAAUGCGAGAGCACUGGUCGCAGCUUGUCUGGUUCCGUUGGCUGUAUGUCUCGUUCUCACGCUACAUGUGGGUGAAUGAGUGGGUGGAGCUAACGCCUCCCACCUUGGCCCAAACUGCGAGUGGUACGCAGCCGUGACAGCGCGCGACGUUGGGUUAUUGCAACCUGGAUGUUGUAUACGAAUACUGUAUUGUAGAUAGUGCAAUACUCAUGGAGGCCAGUUAUACUUAGUGCACUGUUUGCGUGUCUACGUGCAAUUGUAAGACAUCUGAGCAAGCUCUGCCCUUGGUAAUAUCGGCAUAACUGCAUUCACAUGCUUCACGACCCACGAUGGCUUGGCAGCAGUUCUUCGCUCCUCGUUCAGUUGACGUACCCAACUGUGACCGCCAAUCCAUCUGUCGAUACCAGCAUCGCUAGAAAACACGUUUCUGCCGUUAAGGAGGAUCCACUCGGCCCUUCGUAUCUGUGCCGUACUGGGAAGCUCGCCAUUCCUGACAGGGUCGCAUCCGUUGGAGAGGGACAUACUGAGGGUGCCGACACGCUGAGAGACGCGAAGAUUCAACUUGACAGCUCGCAAGGCAAGAAGAACUGCGACGAUGGUGAAAUGGGAGCGAUCCUGGAGCAACUGGGCCAUUCUGGUAGGAUACAUGAUCACCGGCCGUGCAGUGAAGUUUGAGCAGCGGAUGGCGUCAGAAUGCUACCUAUGGUGCUUCGAAGCCAUUGUGCACCGUUGCCUUCGGAUGCGUCCUUGCGGGUCGCGCCCUUCCUCCACCACGCGCGUAUAUGCGCACCGAGCAUUGCCCCCAGCGGGCGCAGGAAAUGGCUCGCGACGCCCCACAGCGCGCCCUGCAGCAGAGGGCUGAGGAGCUGGUCUCGCGUCGUGAUCCACAGUAUCCGUCCCCACUGCACAUGGAGAACCUCUCCCGAACCCGUUGCGGCCGACUCCUCCUGCUCCUCCUCAACAUCCAAUGCCUUUUCCUUCCCCUUCUCGCUAGAUCUCGUUUGAUUAGGACGCUCGAGAUGCACGUAUUGCCCGACGCUACGAAGGUAACUGUACUCGAAGCGCAGGUCGGGCACUGGGGGGAUGCGGCGACGCUCGGUGAUGCGGCGGUAUCGGUCCUCGGCUUCCUCUGAGGCGUGAAUCAUGUCGUCGAGUGUCUGGAGACGGUGGAAUAGUUCUCUCUGCGAAGAUUCAGUGGUGCCACGAGCGUUGGUGGACAUCG